CUCGGGGCUGAAAUACCCUCCGCCUGUCCUUGACAGACGCGGGAGGCUAAGAUGGCGGCCGCAGCAGUGAGAAGCCUCGGCUCCAGUCUGGGUAAAAACCUGCGAGAGAUCCGUGUCCAUCUCUGCCAAAGUUCUGCGGCCAGCAAAGGCGCGAGAGACUUUGUGGAGCAGCACUACGUGACGCUGAAGAUGUCCAACCCAGACUUCCCCGUCCGGAUCAGAGAGUGCUCCGGAGUCCAGGCCCGGCUCUGGGCCCGAUACGAUUUUGGGAAAGAGAGCAGCGUCUCUGUGGACAACAUGUCAGCCGAUCAGGUGGCCAACGCUCUGCAGACUCUGGUUCAGUCCAAACCCUGACCCCCCCCCCCCCCCCCCCCCAAGGGGUUCAGUCCAAAUGUACUACAUUCAGUCAGUUUGUAUGUAAAUGUGUUUAUAUGAAUAAAUCCUACUCUUAAUGUCACUCUUUCCUACUUCUGUAUGUUUAUUACGUACCGUGCUUUAUUUUCUCUGGAUUAUUCAGAAGGUUUAAGGCAGCAGAACCCAAUAUUUGGGUUGCCAUGGCAGUGCUGGUAGAUCGCCUGCCAUUGGGGGGAAAAUAAAUCUCCUCUGGUCGACCACAGGAACUAAUGGAAAACUUGGUUCUAAUUCGGAUUCUUUCUUUCUAAGGGACACGUUCCAAUGGAAGCCCUCCCAUAGAAGGUCUGGAUGCUUGUGACGGUUCCUCCUGCAGUUUGUUUUGCUCCGUUUGUUACCGUUACUACUCAUUAUUUAGUAGUAGCGUCCCUGGUUCAAGGGGUGUUGUGUUCAUAAAACCUGGUGCUGGAGCUCGUCUCCACAUUCCUGCGUCUGUGUCUUUCUGCUGGACAGCUUCACGUUACAUAAAAACAUGGUGCUAGCUUUACUGCUGUCAUCUGUUUUGUGUUUACUGGUGGGGGCCUUGAUCAGAUUAUUUCUUACAAGCAUAAAUCACUUGUAAACAUCGGCCAAAUACUUUCAUGUUGCUGAUACAACAAAGACCAAGUAUAAUAAUUUACACUUAUUUUAUGAACACACAACUACAGCGCUUAAUCUGGUUUAAAGUAUCUAUUUGGAUUGUUUGCUAUGAUUGUGUAUUGACUAUAUUGUCACUUAUUGAUGAAUCUUCAUACACAGUGCCUUCAGUUCUGGAGGCUUCUCUGAUAAUGCAUGUAUUAAUAUUUAUGAAUAUCUUUAUGAUUAAACUAUCUGGUUGAUACAUUG